CAUUCCUCCUCAGAAGGGCAACCUUGCCUAGACAAUACUUUCCUUUUUAUAAUACAUUUCUCUUCACGCAAUGCCCUCUCUCUGCCUUGUAAAACCUUUCCUUUACUGAAGCUCAGUGAAGCUCCCCUCUGCUUGCUAGAUGGGAUGCUGGUUAUUUAAGGGCAGAAAACUUAGGACAAAAUCUGAAUGUAAAAGAAAAGAAAACGUCGUAGAUCUUUUUUUUUUUUAAUUGUGUAAAAAAGGAAGUGAGAAGGAAAACUGGUAAAAGCAAGAUAAAAGGGGCCAGCCAGAUGUCCAAGGCCUGAUACGCCCCUUACUUGUUUUUGGCUUCUGUAAUCUUGCUUUCUUCCGGCAUCCACCAACUGCCCUCACAGCACAACUUUGACAAAGAAUUACUUUCAACACCGUGAAUUUUCAUUCACAUUGAAAGAUGAUAUUUACAUUCGCUACCAAUCCUUCAACAACCAGAGUGAUCUGGAAAAGGAGAUGCAGAAAAUGAAUCCAUACAAGAUUGAUAUAGGCGCAGUAUACUCCCACAGACCCAAUCAACACAAUACAGUGAAGCUGGGAGCUUUCCAGGCUCAGGAAAAAGAAUUGGUGUUUGACAUUGACAUGACAGACUAUGACGAUGUGAGGAGAUGUUGUAGUUCUGCAGACAUAUGUUCUAAGUGCUGGACCCUCAUGACGAUGGCCAUACGCAUAAUCGACCGAGCACUGAAGGAGGACUUUGGAUUUAAGCAUCGUCUCUGGGUAUAUUCUGGAAGGAGAGGUGUUCAUUGUUGGGUCUGUGAUGAAUCAGUUAGAAAAUUGUCCUCUGCAGUACGUUCUGGGAUAGUUGAGUAUUUGAGUCUUGUAAAGGGUGGUCAAGACGUUAAAAAGAAAGUCCACCUAAGCGAAAAAAUUCACCCUUUUGUCAGAAAAUCUAUAAACAUAAUAAAAAAAUACUUUGAAGACUAUGCCUUAGUUGAUCAAGAUAUUCUUGAAAAUAAAGAAAGCUGGGAUAAGAUCUUAGCCCUUGUUCCUGAAACAAUUCAUGAGAAACUUCAACAAAACUUCCAAAAGCAUCACAAUUCACUUCAGCGUUGGGAGUAUUUGAAGAAAACCAUCAGCUCUCAGGAUAAUACCAAAAACGACAAAUGUGGACCCUGGCUUGAAUGGGAGAUCAUGCUCCAGUACUGUUUUCCACGGCUGGAUAUCAAUGUUAGCAAAGGAAUCAAUCAUUUACUGAAGAGCCCUUUUAGUGUUCAUCCUAAAACAGGUCGCAUUUCUGUGCCUAUUGAUGUACAGAAAGUGGACCAGUUUGAUCCAUUUACUGUUCCAACCAUAAGCUCCGUCUGCCGUGAACUGGAUACCAUUUCCACUAAUGAGGGAAAGGAGAGAAAUGAAGCUGAAUCUGAUAUCAAACAUAGAACCAGAGAUUAUAAGAAGACCAGUCUAGCUCCUUACAUAAAAGUUUUUGAACAGUUUCUUGAAAACCUGGAUAAAUCCCGAAAAGGAGAACUUCUCAAGAAGAGUGAUUUACAGAAAGACUUCUGAAGAUAACAACUCUCCUCAAACCAUUGUAGAUAUCUUCUACCUUCAACCAAUAACCAAAUACUUCAACAGCAUUUAAUUAAUAUGGUGGAACCAUAUAUGUGUUUUAGUGCUCAAAGCAAAAUGUCCUUUUCUUGAAAAAUAAUUAUGUUGAAAAGAUUCCUGAAACCACCAAAGGAGAGUGUCCAGGUUUCUCGAACAAGCAGUAAUGAGAGGAGCAAGUGGAUUGCAAAUAUUUGUAAAAGUUAGUAUCAUACAAAGAUAAUUCUAAGAUUUUUGAUAUACCUUUUACCAGUUGCCAUAUGUAUUUUGAUCUACUUCUACCAGCUGCCGUAUGUAGAGGCAAGUGAGCAGUAAUGUGCCGAAGACUUUAAUCUCAGCUCAGAUACAGCCUCCAUAUUUCUGGACUGAAUAUUCUAGGUACAUGAGAGCUUUGUCCUUAAGUCGUAGACCUUAAGUUAAAUUAAUUAUACUUAGAGUAUGUAUUAGGUCACUUCUAAUUUUGCUUACUGGUAUUUUUAUUACCCAGGCCACACCCCACUGUUCAUCUUUUAAAAAUCAUUUUAAAUUGGGCAUCUAAACAUAUGAGUUACUAGAUUACAAUAUUAGGGCAUAGUAGAGUUUUUUUUUUUUUUUACAACUGUUGCAUUUGUAGCUCCUAACUUCUUUCCUCAGAAAAUAACUGGAUUAGUCAACACCAUAGAGCAGCAGCUUAGAAUAACCAAUUUCACCAACAUAAAGCCUAUUUUACUUGUCGAGACACUUCCCUUUCUACAUAUCCAAAUACUUAAUUUUAAAGGUUUUGUUUCUUCCAUAUUUGAAUUUUUGCAAUAGAUUCUGAAAGUCAGAUUUCUUUUGCCCAGUUUUACAACCAAGCUAAACAAAACAGUCAUUCUGGUUUACAGUCCAUCUUCUGAGAAACACUGAGAAGUCAAGCUAUCAGGCUGGUGCUUUCUAUGAUUUAUGAAAAAUUUCCUUCCUUUAUAUUUCCUUUAAUAUUGUUUUCUCUGUAGCCACACAUUCUUUUUUUUAUCUUUUGGUGUAUAUGUAUAAAACAGACUUUGCAGUCAGUACACCGAAAUGCCUUGCAUUUCCUUCUCUUUUCUAAUCUUUUAAGAAAAAACAUUAAAUACCACUGUGCAAAAUUCCUUGUUAUCUGAGCUUCUAUUUACUAUGUAUUGUUCAGUUUUUAGGUUUGGAAACCAGUGGGUCGGUUAAAAAUUCCUGAAUACAAAAUUACUAAAGACACAUCAGUCCAUCUUAACUCAGAAUGGGAGUGUAAAGGCUGGUGUUAUGCUUUCAACAAGAGAUAUUUCAAGCUUCCAGUAUGUCUACCAUUAUUUUAAUGCUUUAAUAUUAAAGCCCUUGGAUAAAGCUGCUGUACUAGCCCAUAAAAGUAGUUUCAGAACAUGUUGUACUCAUUAAAAAGAAUAAAUGUUUUUACACUGUA